CCAAAAGUAGUUGUCUUUUUGCAUGAAAAGGAAGGAAAUUACAGCAACUUGUGCCCUCAUGUGUCAACCACUCACUUACUUCUUGUUUUCAUACUGCCAGUGAGUUGUCUUACAAAACCUCUCCACUUUGCUCUGGUGGGUGAUGCAACAAUGGCCUUGAGAAAACCAGGAAGUGUGUUUGUGGUCUUUCUCUUGUCAAUGGCAGCAAAUACAGCAACAAGGUGUGGACAACAAAGCCAGGUGAUGGUGCCUCCCACCAACGUAGUGAAGGGACAGGAGGUGACACUGACCUGUAGCAACACCUGUACUCUGAGUGACAACCCCAACCCCACCUACAUCUGGUACAAGAAUGGACAUCGUCUAGAUAAGCACAUUUCCCAACAAUAUCGUAUCCACAUUUACUAUUCAGACAUUUACUCCUGUGCUGUAAAAGGCCAUGAGGAUCUCCUCUCUCCUGCAGUGUGUGUUUAUGGUCAGAGCUGUUUGAAUGUGACUUACACCAAGAGGAGUAUCUGUGCCUUGAAGGGGUCAACAGUGGACAUUACCUGCACGUAUAGACAUCCCAGGUGGCAUAACGUCACAGAAGUAUCCUGGUUCAACAAAUGGGAGUCUGGAGUUACUACAGAUUUAAGCCAGGACCCAGAGUAUGCAGGUCGUGUGAAGUACCAUCCAACUACAGACAAGGACUCCACCCUGAGAAUCACAGACCUGAGAGAGAGUGACUCUGCUGAAUAUAAGUUUAGAUUUACAACAACUGCGGUAAAAUGGGGAUACAGCUUCCCUGGAAUAACUCUGAUUGUCACAGACCUGCAGGUGAAGGAGACUCCUGGCACAGAGGAAGGGAAGGUGACACUGACCUGUAGCACCACCUGUACUCUAACUGACAACCCCACCUACAUCUGGUACAAGAACGGACAACUUCUCACCAACCCAAACAACCAAGACAACUACCUCUACUUAGACCAAAUCAGCAGUGGGGACGCAGGCAGCUACUCCUGUAGUGUUAAAGGCUACGAGAAUAUCCGUUCUCCUGUUACGUUCUUUGGGGAGCCAAAGUCUUUUAAGAAUGCAGUUGUAGGAAUCAUAGUGGUUAUUCUAAUUCUCAUACUCUGUCUCUUUGGGUUCAUGUGGUUCAGGAAGAAGGCCUCCAAAUCCACCUCUGACACAAGAGACAGAAGAGACACAGUAGAGAAUGGACAGAGAGACUCUAAUCCAGUGUAUGACAACAUCUCAGGCAUGGCCAUGGCCCCUAUUGCAGCACAGAGAGCGAUCACAGACGAGCAGGAUGAAAUUACCUACGCAAGCAUCCAACACAGAAACCAGGAAGUGCCUCUGGACUCCACCGUCCCACCGUCUCACCCCCAGAAACAGGACGAGGAUUUACAGUACACUACUGUGAAAUUCAACAGCCCCAGUGCUGCUCAAUAGACUUUGGGAGGGAUUCAAUCCAAUCAUAGGUUAUAGACAUUGGGAGGGAUUCAAUCCAAUCAUAGGUUACAGACAUUGGGAGGGAUUCAAUCCAAUCAUAGGUUACAGACAUUGGGAGGGAUUCAAUCCAAUCAUAGGUUAUAGACAUUGGGAGGGAUUCAAUCCAAUCAUAGGUUACAGACAUUGGGAGGGAUUCAAUCCAAUCAUAGGUUAUAGACAUUGGGAGGGAUUCAAUCCAAUCAUAGGUUAUAGACAUUGGGAGGGAUUCAAUCCAAUCAUAGGUUACAGACAUUGGGAGGGAUUCAAUCCAAUCAUAGGUUACAGACAUUGGGAGGGAUUCAAUCCAAUCAUAGGUUAUAGACAUUGGGAGGGAUUCAAUCCAAUCAUAGGUUAUAGACAUUGGGAGGGAUUCAAUCCAAUCAUAGGUUAUAGACAUUGGGAGGGAUUCAAUCCAAUCAUAGGUUAUAGACAUUGGGAGGGAUUCAAUCCAAUCAUAGGUUAUAGACAUUGGGAGGGAUUCCAUCCAAUCAUAGGUUAUAGACAUUGGGAGGGAUUCAAUCCAAUCAUAGGUUAUAGACAUUGGAAGGGAUUCAAUCCAAUCAUAGGUUACAGACAUUGGGAGGGAUUCAAUCCAAUCAUAGGUUAUAGACAUUGGGAGGGAUUCAAUCCAAUCAUAGGUUACAGACAUUGGGAGGGAUUCCAUCCAAUCAUAGGUUAUAGACAUUGGGAGGGAUUCAAUCCAAUCAUAGGUUACAGACAUUGGGAGGGAUUCAAUCCAAUCAUAGGUUAUAGACAUUGGGAGGGAUUCAAUCCCAUCAUAGGUUAUAGACAUUGGGAGGGAUUCCAUCCAAUCAUAGGUUAUAGACAUUGGGAGGGAUUCAAUCCAAUCAUAGGUUAUAGACAUUGGAAGGGAUUCAAUCCAAUCAUAGGUUACAGACAUUGGGAGGGAUUCAAUCCAAUCAUAGGUUAUAGACAUUGGGAGGGAUUCAAUCCAAUCAUAGGUUACAGACAUUGGGAGGGAUUCCAUCCAAUCAUAGGUUACAGACAUUGGGAGGGAUUCAAUCCAAUCAUAGGUUAUAGACAUUGGGAGGGAUUCAAUCCAAUCAUAGGUUAUGGACAUUGGGAGGGAUUCAAUCCAAUCAUAGGUUAUAGACAUUGGGAGGGAUUCAAUCCAAUCAUAGGUUACAGACAUUGUGGCUUUUAAUGUAAUUCUUUUUUUUAAAUGCUUUUGGAAAUUGCUAUAUAAUUCCUCAAUUCGAAUGUCUUUGAUUUCGACUUGAACUAUCUAUUUAAAUUAAAGUACAGGCCAAACUGUUCAGUC